UAAUGAGAUUAUUGGUAAGUUUACUGUCAUGACUCCGACAUAACACAAGACAAACACACGUUUUAUACAAUAUCUACCUUUACUCAGGCACAAAGCAGUUUUCAUGUCAACUCUUCUUAUUUUUCUUUUAACAGAUGUCGGUUUCUGCAGCUAUGAAAUUGGCAGGAAGCUCGGUGAAGGAGGCUUUGGAAGCGUUUAUGCAGGGAUUCGCUUGAAAGAUGGCCUUGAGGUGGCGCUGAAAUUAGCUGACAACGUGGGUAUAGAUUGGAUCGACAUUGAGGAUAAUCCUGAACCCGUUCCACAGGAGAUCGGUCUGCUAAUUCUCGCCAACAAAGGCCCCAGGGUUCCCCAGAUCAUUCAGCUUCUGGACUGGGACAAAGAGCCAGAGCGAUACAUUAUGGUUCUAGAGUGGCCUACACCCUGUGAGAACUUGAUCGAAUUUCUAUACCGCCACAACGGCAUCAUCGAAGAGAACAUAGCAAAGGUUAUUAUGCAUCAGGCAACACUCGCAGCUCAAACAUGCUGCCAACGUGGAGUGUUCCACCGCGACAUAAAGCUGGAAAACCUGCUGAUCAACCCGCACACCCUGGAUGUCAAAUUGAUUGACUUUGGGUGCGGCGAAAUCCUGACCGAUGCGGGAUACACGUCCUUUGCUGGCACAAAACCGUACUGCCCCCCUGAGUAUGAUUUAAAUGGCGAGUAUCACGGGGAACCAGCGACAGUUUGGUCACUCGGGAUACUCAUGUUUGCACUGCUGUGUGGACAAUUUCCAGAGUCAGAAGACUUGGACGAGCUAAAUGAUAACAUCUGGGCCAAAGAUGGCUUGUCACAAAGUAAGAUCUUCAUUUCAGCAAAGGACACUUACAAUUCUAAAUCAUACAAAAUAGAACAAAGUAAUACAAAUGGUAGUGUGGGUAAUGCAGUAAUAUUUAGAUCUUUCAGCUUAGACUCUGUCUUAAUCAAAGAGAGUGUGAAGUUUAAGGUAAUAAUAGGACUUCUCUUCUCUUUCUUCACAGAAUGCUGCGAAUUACUUUGCGCUCUCCUGCAAAGAAACCCAGAGAAGCGGCUUGAAUUGGACAUUGUCUGUCUCCACAACUGGUUUAAGUACUUUAUUUAUUCAUUUAAUUAAGCAAAAAUCAGCACCCAAUGACCGGACGGGCCGGCCCAGCUCCAGAACUCCCUGUCCCCACACACCAAUGCACACCCUGCAUUGAUGUGCAGGCACUAUCCAGGCAAACACGACCUGUAUAUGCCCAAGAAGAC